AGACGGUAGUGAUGGCGACGACUUUACGACGAUUUUUCUGUUCGUUUUGUGUUGCGGUAUGUUUGACUUUGGCCGCACGUGUCUGUGGAGAUAACAGUCACCACCACAGCGAUAAUCUGAACGCUUCGGCAACGCCGUCUGAGCACGUGGUUGCUACAGCAAAUGGUCACGAGUCCAGUUCUGUCCAUCAUAUGCACAUGACACAUGCCCCAACCAGUCAUCAUAUACAUAACCAUGACUCUAUAGCUAGCGAGCCAUCAAUGCAACAUGGCCAUGACAGUGACAGUCCAGAGGAUUCUACGGAUCAUAAUCAUGGUGGUGAUUCUAUGGAUCAUGACGGUUCUAUGGGCCAUGACGGUGGUUCUAUGAAUCAUGGUGGUCAUUCCAUGGAUGAUACUGUUUCUCCAGGCCAUAGCAACGACGAUUCUGGUCAUCAUGGAGAUACUCAUUCUUCUGGUUCAGGGGGUCACAGUAUGCAAAUGUUUUUUGAGUUGGGUCAUAGUGUUGUAAUCUUGUUUGAAGAUUGGAACAUAAGUUCUGUUGGCGGAUUGAUUGGAUCAUGCAUUGGAUUGUUUUUUGCUGCUGGAUUGUAUGAGGGUCUUAAGUGGUUCAGGGAAAGGCUUAUGAGCAGGGCAAUUAAAGAAGCCAAACGAAGAGCAGCUGUCAAAGCUAAGGCUCUUGGAACAGCCAACAGUAACAUAAAAAUGGUAUCAAGCUAUGACUGUGAAGCUGAAAGCAGUGGCAGUUGUGAAAACGCUUCCGUCCUAUUGUGGGUUCCUUUCUUUGAUCACUUUAUUCAAACUCUUCUUCACAUGUUGCAAGUCUUUGUUAGCUACUUACUCAUGCUUGCAUUUAUGACCUACAACGUGUGGAUUGGUUUGGCAAUUACGCUUGGUGCUGGAUGUGGAUACUUUGUCUUCCUGGCUUGCCUGCCUGAGGAUGCAAGGGUGUCCAAGACUAGUGAGCACUGCCACUGACUGAACAAUGUUUAAGAAGCAAGAUACACAGUAAACAAACUGUGUGUGGCAAUUUGUAGCUCUAAUUUGUGGAUUGGUCAAUAGAGAGCUGGAGCACCCAGUAUUUUAAGUGUGCAAUCCUUGUAUGUGGAAGCUUGUCUUCAUUUCACUAAGCAAUAAAAUAGUGUACACAUCCAUUUCAAGAAAUCAGCAGUUAGUCUGACACAGAAUAUAUACAUAUCUAGAUUAUAGAACUUCUCUGAUUUCUGGUCUAAUGCAAGAUCUGGCACAUAUGCACAUAUUUAGAACGCUAUAGAUACUAUAGGACUCGUAUAAGUCUGGCCACCAGUAAUAACCCAGUGACUUGCAGCUAUAUCUGUCAAUUGCAGCAGUAGGCUGAGUAAGGAUAAGAAUACAUAGCCAAGACACCAGCUUUAUACAUUGUUAGCGUCAAUAGUCUUCCCAUCUGUCAGCACCACACAACUGGUGUACUCAAUGCAGGAAUGACAAUAUCCAGUCUCAUGUAUGCGCAAAUAGCUAAAGUGCUCCGCUGUCAUCGACAUCCACAACUAUUUGCUAUCAUCUUCUCUGAUCUCUGAAGUGCCAUUGAUCCAUUGGCGUGCUUAAGUAACAGCAUGAUAUAGCCCAUAUCUUUAUCAUCUGGUACACAGCAGAUUCUAUGAGGAGUUUGGGUUUUCUGAGCAAGAAGAGCCUUCAUGACAGCAUGGUUUGUUAGAGCUUUACCUUCAUCUCGGAAAGAUUGUAAAAACUUUCCAACACAAGUUCCUACACACUCAUUCAUCAAGAAGCUCUUAGGCUGCAAAACAGUUUCCAUAUCGAGAUCAGAAAAUCUGACUUUCAACUUUUUUAGACUACACAUUUGGGGCUCAGUGGUCUCAUCUCCACUGAUUCCAUUGUCUCUGUCCUUGUCGACUGCCCGUUCAUGUCUGGAUAAUACUAUUGAAUCUUGAUCUUGUUCAUCCAACUGUUUGAAAUCAAGUUGCAAUUGUUG